UAAGCGACACACGGUGCCAAUAACUGCACACGCGCGACAAAUCAGCCCUCCAAGAGACGACCUGCUGAUUUUCGUUACUCUUUUUACUACUUUCAGUGAAUUCUCUGACGGGGUCUACGGCAAUUCAUCCAUAUAGUCGACAUCAGACAUCGACCGGUCUAGCUGCAACCACGGAGCACAUUGUCCGGUACGGAGGCAGUUCAGGAGGAGUCACGAACGGGGUGUAUGCUUACGACGAAAGCCGCUGGAAAGCUGCUGCAGCAUCCUACCCUACCACCACCAACUUCAGCGGUGUUUACUGCGGCGGCUACGAGUACGACCCCCGAGAAUACAUCGGCGGGGAAAUGGUGCACGCGCAGAAGAUGAGCCACGACAGCGUGAUGACGAACGGAGGAGGUGUUGGCAUGAAAUACUUGAAUCAUGUGAAUGGGCGAUGUGACGACUUGGAUGUGAAACGCGAACCACAGCUCGACCUCAGGGAGCACUUCGAGCUGGAUGACGACCCCAUGAAGCAGCAUCGUUACGGACGCAAGCGACGAUUUCGGCAGUCGGAAGGCGAAGACGAGUGCCAGAUCGGUGACAGCAGUGAUGACGGCUCAUCGACGGGCAGCGGAAGCCUGUCGCACAAAAUCAGGCGAAAGGGACCGCAAUCGUUCGACGAACUCCAGAAUCAACGCGUCCUUGCCAAUGUGCGAGAACGACAACGUACUCAAUCACUAAACGAUGCCUUCACUAACCUUCGUAAAAUCAUCCCUACACUACCCUCAGAUAAACUGAGUAAGAUACAGACUUUGAAGCUAGCAUCGAGGUAUAUUGACUUUCUGUUCCAAGUUCUAAAGAGUGACGAGGAAGAUCAAAAGAUGGUGGGUAGCUGUAAUUACAUGGCCCACGAAAGACUUAGCUAUGCGUUCUCGGUAUGGAGGAUGGAAGGGGCGUGGAAUAGCAUGGCAUCGCAUUGAUAAAACAUAAAUACAGGUCCCAGAAGAUAGUCUUUGAGAGGACUUCUCAUCGGUAGAUGAAAAUGAACUAGUUGAUCGCAUCCAUCCCGAAAACGAUGGAGCUUCGAGUGGAUGGGGCUUCGAGUCGCGGAAGGUGCUUUGCUUAUAUAAGCUUUGCUUUGUUGCUCGACACAUCAAAAACAACAGCAACUUUUACAUCAUCAUCAUCAUCAUCGUUGUCAUCCAUAUCGUCAACGACACCGACUUCAACAGCAGCACAACAACAACAACUGCAACAACGUCAACUACAGCAACAUCAUCAACUAGAAUAGCAACUACAGCAACAGUCUAAAUCUAAUCAACAACAACAUAAGCAUGUUUUACUACAAUCCUUUGGCAAUAUCCAUGGAAAAAGACACGUAGCAAGUUUAUCAACAAUGUUACAUCUCCGGCGCCUACGCGAAUCCGACUUGAUGACCAUACACUUGACAUUGCUUUAUUCAUUAGUGCCUUCUUUGUGCUUUAUAUUUGGAAAAAAAAUCCAGAAUUUGACAUCAAAUGAAAAUGCAAAGGUUACAUUUUCUUGAGGAUAUUAACUGACAGAGACUUCGCAAUUUCAUCCAUCUUUAGAAGCCUUGUCUGUUUGGUGAUCAAGGGGGAACCCCGGAGGAGUACAGGUGAUUCGAACAGUCGCGAAGGUGACUUAGAAACAUUGUAAAAGGUGCUUGCCAAUUUUAUUUUAAAAGCUCUUGAUAUUAUAAGAAACAAUGGACGCUAGAGAUUAGGCAAUAACGAUUGAAACAGCUUCCAGAUCUACCGCCCUCUAUCUAUCAUUUGAAGUCAUUAAAGAACAUUGAAACUCAUGAAUGACCGGAUCUUGUACUAUGCACAAACACAAAUCUAUAUUUUCUCAUGUAUCAUUCUUGCCUUUAAUCACAUUUUGAUCUUCCUAUGAAUGUAGUCUUCCAUGCACUCCACUGAUCAAACUUGCCUUUGUAAUUAAUGUCUUCCUUCUGAUGCAAAUGCUCGUGAUUUUAAAAACGUCUAUAUUUUCUUAAUCGAGUGAUCGUCUUCUUUUAAAGGCAUACUUUUAGCGAUAGGUUCACACGUUUAGCGAGUUUCCAUAAGAUUUUGUAAUAAGAGGCUCAUGGUACCAAACAACACUGGAAAAGUACAACAGUUUAUUUUGUUAGUAUUGAAUUGAGUGAUUUACUAAUAAGAUGAAAUCAUGAAAAUGUUUGCUAAUAAUCAACUUCUGGAUGAUGUGUAUUUCAUUCGAUUCAUUUAAUUUCAGAGUAGACUUUUAUGAUUUGUGUUGAAAGGCUGACUCAGACCAAACUUUGUUCUCUUGUUUCAAUAGCAUAAAAUAUGUAAGAACAUGUUUUUGUACAAUGUGUUUCUUCUUAUUAGUUUAUUUUUGUGCAUUUACAUAAAUUGCAAUGACACUAAUUGCUACGGAAUUGAGUUGUCGAAAAUUUCUCUUAAUUCGAAAAUCCUCGACGACAUUGGUCUUGUUGCCAACUAAAUAAUAGACGUCCUUUUGAUCUAUGAACGAUGUUGCAACAAAUAAGCAUACUUUUUAUUAAUAAUUACCAGCAGUCUUUCUCAAAGUUUAUGAUCAAAUCCGAUCAACAGUGGCGUAGCAUGGGUCCACUCGAGGAGGGGGCGGGGGAGGGGGUGGGCUAGUGUCAUAGGGGAGGGGUGAAUGCAGUACGAGAAGUUUUUGGUAGGGUUCGUAUCUUUAUUUCGACGUUAUCCUCGCCUCCCCUUUCUUCAUAUGUCUCUAUUACUGUCUUUUUCGGCCAUUCGAUUGGAGGAUGACGCCCCCCCCCCCUCCCGCUGUGUCACUGCAGCUACGCCACUGAAGAUCAACAAUAAAAAAAUUUAGGAGAGAGGAGAAUAGUCUGUUACUAUCCAUAUUCACUGCGUUUCUUUCAUUCUGUAGUCAUUCUCGUAGCGUUAGACUGUGUAAAUGUAAUUCUGAAGGUACUAUUGGAAAUUUUGAGGGCUAGCUCUCAUAAAAUAUUCAUCAAAGUAAUAUUCAAGGGGAAACAGAUGAAUAAAGACAAAUAACAAAAUGGUGAAAUCUUUCUUGAAUAGAAAAGAUUGGGAGGGGAUUGUGAAACAUUGCCCAAUUGCGUUUACGAAGUGUAUUCACAAACGAAGCGAAUUCCUUAUUAACAACACUAGACUAUGAAAAAGAUAUUCGUGUGGUUUUUUUUUUUUUUGCUUGAAAGUUUGAAAAGGUUUUUUUCAAACACGUCUUUAAGAAAAUUAAGAAUGUAAUCACUUUCAAUUACCAUUAAAUAAGUCAAAUAGUACCUUCAAGUAAAUCAACACAUAAUUCGUUUCAUUUUAGUCGAUCGAAUUUCUUUGUAGGCCAUUACAUGUACUUAAUUCUUUUUAUUUUGUUUCCAUAACACGUACUUAUUUUUGUCAGAUGUUUUUGUUUUACAGACUAGCUAAUUGUUAUUGUGGACGUAGUCAUAGCGAUAGCACAGCCAAUGUCUCUAGUAUUUAAACUGGUGUUUCUUUCAAUGAUGGGGGAAUAGGAGAAGUAUAUUUGCCUGAUAAAAAUGAUUCAAAAUCUUUAAAAAAUCUAUAAAAAAACAACAACCUAAAUUGAGAUAAUAUGUGCUCGUAUAAUUAUGAUACUGGGUAUUUAAGGAUACAAACUGUUGUCAUCUUAGAGUAAGAACUGUUCAUUCAAUGUGCUCGUUCCAGGAAGUGCCUAAGAAAAUUUGGUUUACAAUGUCACUGGUCAACUUGAACUCAAGUUAAUCUUCUAUUGCUUUAUCGGGCAAGCCUGAGGAAAGCGGUAUGGCAGCUCCAGGUAGUCAGUUUGAAAGGAGUGCAAAAUAUUUCAAAAGAAAUGUAGAAUUAUUUUUAUUUGCGCUCAUUGUCAAAAACGCCAGCAUUUGUUCACCGGCAGAUCCAUGAGUGCAAGAGCCUUCAAAACGAAAUAUUAUUUGCCGUCGACUUUUAUUGUAUAUGCUACAAUUUGUAAGAUAUUGUAAAUAACAUAUUUGAAGUCAAUAUGUAGAUUGUAAUUGGUCUUGUAAAUGUUCGUUCCUUCAUGUAUUAUUUCAAAUAAAAAUAGAAGAAACACGUA